GAUGUCUCGCGACAAGAUUCCACCGGUCUCUCCUGUCGGCUGUCACGUGCUCGCGUGAAGAAACGAUUUCUCCACGUGUGUGUGUGUUUUUUUCUUCUUCUCCGAGACACCCGUCCAUCUCUCUCUCUCUCUCUCUCUCUCUCUCUCUCUCUCAUACACACACACACACACACACACACGUGCGCGCGCGCUCGUGCGGGGAUGUGGCGACGAUGGUAUGCGCGAGGCGGAUGAAAACUUUGGCGUCGACGUGCGUGAUCCUCAGCGGCAUGACCAACAUCGCGUGCCUGCUGUACGUCGGCUGGAUCACCAAUUCCGUGCACGAGAAAGAUGCCGAGAGAAAGUUGGAGGAGGAUAAAGGGGAGACGCUGCGCAUCAUCGAGAGGCUGGAGCGGCUGGAGAACGUGGUCAACUCACACAUCCAAGAGAGACCUCAGAAGGACAGAGACGAUGCAGCCGAUCUCUCACUCUCAGACUCUCCUCUGUUCUUACGUUGGGGCCGUGAGCUGGGGCCCGAGAGCCGCCGCGUCGCCCUGCACAAGUUCCAGUAUUACGGAUACAACGCUUACCUCAGCGACCGUCUCUCACUGGACAGAGCCAUUCCUGACCUCAGACCGGACGGGUGUAAAAACAUCUCCUACCAUGCCAGCUUGCCUCAGGUCAGCAUCGUGUUCAUCUUUGUGGAUGAGGCUCUGUCCGUGAUCCUGCGCUCCGUCCACUCAGCAAUGCGCCGGACGCCCUCGCACCUGCUGAGGGAGAUCAUCCUGGUGGAUGACAGCAGCAGCAACGCUGAACUGACGGAAAACCUGCAGAGGUUUGUGGAGGAGACGAACCAGCGGCGUCCCGACUUCAUUAAGCUGGUGCGUCACACCAGGCAGGAGGGUCUGAUCCGUGCUCGUGUGAGCGGCUGGAGGGCAGCCAGCGCGCCGGUCGUGGCUCUGUUUGAUGCCCACGUGGAGUUUAACGUCGGCUGGGCCGAACCCAUCCUGCACAGGAUCCAAGAGGACCGUCGGCGUGUCAUAUCCCCUUCAUUCGACAACAUUAAAUACGACACGUUCGAGGUGGAGGAGUAUCCUCUUUCUGCGCACGGCUUCGACUGGGAGCUCUGGUGUCGCUACCUGAACCCUCCCAGAAGCUGGUGGAGUCAGAAGAACCACACAGCACCCAUCAGGAGUCCUGCUCUGAUUGGCUGCUUCGUAGUGGACCGGCGCUACUUUGAGGAGAUCGGACUGCUGGAUGAAGGCAUGGAGGUCUACGGAGGCGAGAACGUCGAGCUGGGAAUCAGGGUGUGGCUAUGUGGGGGUAGUGUGGAGGUUCUCCCCUGUUCCAGAAUAGCUCACAUCGAACGUGCCCACAAGCCAUACACAGACGACCUGGCAGCUCAUGUGCGCAGAAACGCGUUCCGAGUGGCCGAAGUGUGGAUGGACGAGUUCAAGAACCAUGUGUACAUGGCCUGGAACAUUCCACUGCAGGUACAACAACCCAGCAACACAGAAAUGGCGGAGAACUCAGGGAUUGACAUCGGAGACAUCAGUGGUAGGAAGCUCCUGAGGGACAGGCUGCAGUGUCGGCCCUUCCGCUGGUUCCUGAAGAACAUUUACAGUGAAAUGCGUACAUACGCUGACACCAUCGCUUACGGUGAGCUGAGGAAUAGCUUGAGGCCAGAUCUAUGUGUGGAUCAGGGGCCAGACACGGACAACAUUCCCAUCCUGUACCUCUGUCACGGCAUGACGCCUCAGAACGUGUACUACACCAGCUCGGGGCAGCUGCGCGUCGGCGUCUUGAGCCCCACCAUCGACGACAACGAUAACAAGUGCCUGGUGGACGUGAACGGACGUCCGCGCCUGCUGGAGUGCAGCUACGCCGGGAACAAGCGCAUGAAGCUCUCCUGGCUCUUCACUCAGGGAGGAUCCAUCCAGAACGCUGAGUCACGGUACUGUCUCGAACUGGUCCAGAGCAGCGGUGUUGAGGUCGGCUAUCAGCUCAUCCUGCAGACGUGCACGACCCAGACGUGGACAAUUACCAACCUUCUGACUACCAAAGUUCUCUGAGGGCCCCGAAGCCUGAGGGGCUGCACAUGGAGCUGGAUUUUUCACUAAGAAACUCUUCUUUUAUAUCCAAAGGCUCAAUUUAGACAGUCCGAUCUUAUAUGCGGUGCAUAUGGGAUGGAGUCGCUGGCUGUGAGGACGCUAAUCAUUUGUACAAAAUCGGAAAAGUCUUAAAUCAGCUGUUUUUGCUUGCUGUCUGUUUAUUUAUUUAUUUAAUUCUAUAAGCACCUUGACAUUUACAUCAUCCCUCUCUUACAAACAUCAUCAAAUUCUUCAAACUGGAUGAUCACCAGAUAUUAAAAAUCGUCAUAGUCAGAAACAUGGGCUGUAUUUGCAUACAGGAAUAUGAUUGGCUCUUAUAUUUUAUGAUGUAAUAACACUUCCCCAUCACCUGCUUAAAACUGAAGGCAGAUUUAUGUCGUUGAGUUUUCUUGUACGGAAUUCAGAAUCCGUACGGAAAUUCCGAUCGCUAUUUAAGAUCAGAGGAAUAAUCUCAGACGCUCACGAAACCAAGACCUUUUUAAAUUGUCCGAACUUGUCCUUAAAUGAAACAUGCUAACCGCUAAAAAAAGUUAUUACCUCAAGCCUUCUUCCACUUUUGAAGAAAGUUUGUGUUUGUGUAAGACUGGAUCAUGUAGAAUGAAGCAACUGUUAUCUUUUUUGGAGGAUCUUCACCGUAUAAUCUGCCAUGAAGAACAAACUCCAUUACAGAACCCAGGCAGUUUUAUUGAAAUCUUCUACUGUGGGACAAGAAUCUUAAAAUAGAGCUGAAAUUGUGCAGGCUAAUUUAUUUUCUUUUCAGUUUGAAUAAUUUUUUAAAGCAAUUUUCCCCGAUUUGCAGUCGAGCUGGACGACUUGUUUUGGAGACAGAUGCUGGAAAUAGUUGCAUUGUGUAAGAUAUAUCUUAAUAUUUGAAGUCAGACAAAGCCGAAGAGAUAGCUAUCAAUGGACAUCAGUGGCAGACCAUCAGGGUCAGCAAGGCCUUCUCUGCUGGUCUAAACAGCAGUGAUCUGAAUCACUGACUUGCAUUUUAAUAUAUUUUUCCAUGAAUGUGUAUUAAAUUAUUCCCAAUAGUCUAUUCUCUACAUUUCAUAGCUUUUCUCUCGGUUGUGCUGCUUCCAGUAGUGUAUAUUUAUGAUAAGAGUAUUCAUCCAAUCAUAUUUCAGCCAGUGGAUGACAUCAUGUGUCACCAGGGUGAAAGAAAUCUGCCUUAAGGCCUUCAGAAUCAAUAGUCCAGGUGCCCUUCGGUUAAAAUAAGUGGCAAUGAAAUUGUUCCAUUAACCAAUCAGAUUUCGAGUUGGCGUCACUGGGGCCAUCUAGCAGGCAUACGAUUACGUCAGCAAUUUCCCGUCUUUUGAUUGGAUAAUUGGAGUAGUCAGAGGCAGUGAACCGCACAAACUAAUUAAAAUAUAUAUAUUUUAACUCACAAUGGCUGACAGAGGAGAACAAAUCGAUUUGGCCGCAGACAUCCUUACAAAUGCAUUUUCAAGGUGGACUGUAAUAAAAUGGACUAUUCCUUGUGAGGUGUGAAAUACUGUCGCCUAAUUUCUUUUUUACUUUGCUAUUUAAUGGUUGAUUAGUAUCUAUUGCCGUGGCGUCAUAAUGAUGGUAUAGAGGUGGAUUAAUUCAGGAAGGACACCGCUGAAGGCCUAGGCGUAAAAUGCAUGGCUCGCCACUGGUAGACUCUGAUAGCUAAAGUAGUAAAGAAGUACAGGAAGUAAAGAAAGUGGAGGAUGUGAGUACGAUGAAACUCCUGAAAGGAGGGAAAUCUUUUCUUUUUCUUUAGUAUGUCUGCAAACGUGACAAAUACGUGUCUGAGUACAGAGAAGGGUGCUUCUGGGAGCUCGCUACGAUCUUUAAAGUGUGAGCUCUAGUCAUUUAUUUGAUUUGAUGUAUUAAAAACAAGUGUGAUUUUAAGACGUGCAUCCGAGGCUUAAAAGAAGCAGGAAAUUGACAAUAUUCACACGUGAAAUUCUUUACAGCUUACCAAAAUGCACCUUUUAUACUUUCAGCUAUGUUUCACGAUUGUGUUUACAUUUUUUGCUACCGUGUAGCGUUCAUCGUUCACUGUCCAUUCAAUGUUCCGUUUCUUUUCCUCUUUUCCUGUUUUUUCUUUUCUUCCCCUCUUGUGUGUCUCAGGUCUCUGUCGCUUAAGUUUCAUUUACAUGAAAGCGUUUUUAUGAGCUCAAGACACUAAAUGAUAUUUUGUCAAAGAAAACCGGUAUUUAUAAGAACUUGUAAUAAAAACAUUAAAAGAAAUGAGAAGACGAUCUUCGUUGCUGGUCUAUACCAAGAGGUCCUGUGAUUGCGGGGACAUUUUGAGGUCAGAAGUUUUGAUGAAAAAUCGCUUUUGAUCACUGAAGCGUGUGUAGACGCAUUAACAGAGCCGGGUUUCAGCAAA